AUGAAUUUUAAUUUUCAAAAAACGGGAGAUGGAAGUGCUGUUUCUGCAACGUCUGGGUCGAUAACAACAGGACUUUCAGCUCCAGGACCUGCAAUAACAACAGCAGCAACAACAAUAGCGACAACAGCUACAACAAUAUCAUUACAAACUACCACAACUUCUUCAGCAUGUACCACAUCAACUACAUCUGCAAUUACAAGUACAACUAUUACUGUUAGUGCUGCUCCUACAGCUACAUCUUUGACUCUGGGAGCCAAACCCAAUGUCCAAGCUUGUAAUAUAACCUUUGCUCAGCUAGAAGAAAAUAUAAAUAAAUGGACUAUUGAAUUGGAAGAACAAGAAAAAGUUUUUAUGAAUCAAGUUGCUCAUAUUAAUGAAUGGGACAGAUUGUUAUUAACAAAUGGAGAUAAGAUAGUCAGCUUAAAUCACAAUGUCGAAAAAGUAAAAUUAGAACAGCAACAAUUAGAUCAUGAGUUAGAUUUUAUAGUUGCUCAGCAGCGAGAGUUAGAAGAAUGUUUAUUACCCUUGGAAAAAGAAAUGGCUAAUGUAAAUGUGUCAGAUCCAGACAGAGAUGCAAUGUUUUUAAUUGUUCAAAUUGGUAGAAUAUUAAAUGCACAUAUGAAUUCACUUCAAUGGGUUGAUCAAAAUACAGCUGUUAUUAAGGAGCAUUUGGAUCAAGUUACAAAACUUACUGAAAUGCACAGAAGAGAAAAUGAUUCUACUCAACAUUUGUAA